UGCCCGGACCCAUAGAAGAAUUUUGCGCAUGCGCGCACUUGGGACGCCCGCGCUGCGACCUAUUUCAAACCAGUGGCGCCUUCCCUCCGAGCGGUUCCCCGGAGGCUUCCUCACCCCAAAUCCCCUCUCCGCGCUCCCUGACCCAUGGACCCGAUUCGGAGUUUCUGCGGGAAGCUGCGGACGCUGGCUAGCACGCUGGACGAUGAGACGGCCCGGCUCCAGCGAGCUCUGGACGGGGAGGAGAACGAUUUUGAAGAUUAUCCAAUGAGAAUUUUAUAUGACCUUCAUUCAGAAGUCCAGAAUCUGAAGGAUGAUGUCAAUAUUCUUCUGAAUAAAGCAAAAUUGCAAAGUCAAGAGAAUACUGGAUUCAUAAAGGCAGCAAAAGUACUGAUGAAAAAAAAUUCAACAGAUAUCAUAAAAAUAAGAGAGUUUUUUGAGAAGUAUGGAUAUGAGCCACGUGUCAAAGAAAAUUCAGUAUGUGAGAAAGAAGUCACUGACCCUUCCCUGGAGCUGGCUGAAACCAAGCAUCUUCCAACACCUGAUAGGAAGGCAGAGCUCUCUGAUCCUUUGGUUUCUGAGAAGCAUCUUCGUAGUCCACAGCUUUCUGAUUUUGGACUUGAGCGGUACAUGAUACCCCAAGUUCUACUAAAGCCUCAGCAAGCAGUGGACAACCAUAAAGAAGAGCACACCAUUGACACUCCACCAACUACACACCCUCUAGUUAAAGUGCCUACAACUCCCAAAUGCACUCUCAAUAUGGACAACUUUGAGUGUGUAACUCCUAAAUUGGAACACUUUGGUAUCUCUGAAGACUCUAUGUGUUUAAAUGAAGAUUACACAAUGGGCCUUAAAAAAAUGAUGAAUAGUAAAAGUGAGGAGGCCACAAGAACAGAACCUGUGACUGAUGACAACUUUCUGGCCACUCGGGGCUCCAUAAUCCAGCAGCUGGAAAAAAGUGAUGCUGAAUAUAUGAAUUCCCCCUUGGUGCCUACAUUCUGCACUCCUGGUUUGAAAAUUCCUUCUACCAAGAACACAGCUUUGGUAUCUACAAAUUCUCCAUUAUCAAAAGCAAAUAGUUUGUUGAAUGAUUCAGAAGUUAAAGAUUGUGCCUCACUCGUUUUAAGUUCUGAUGAAUGCUUUGAGAACUUUGCAGAUCCCGCCUCUCCAAAAAUCACAUCUUAUGAAAAUCUGCUGAGAACCCCUACACCUCCAGAAAUAACAGCAAUUCCAGAAGAUAUUCUCCAGAUUUUAUCAAAAUACAACUCAAACCUCACUACUCCAGUAGCAGUGAAAGCAGUGCCUCCCAGGAAAGGGCUCCUCAGAUACGAAGGACAGAGCAUCAGAGAUGCUGGCAACAAGGAAAACUGGAAUUCCAUUUGGGACCAUCCAUUGUAGAGCAGACUAAGGUAGAAGCAGAACUGGACUUACACAUUCUCCGCCCUCUUGGACAGUGAUGGUUAAACAUGAUUUUUGUGGAGUUUUGAUUUGUUUUCAGCUGUCUUGCUGACAUUGUUCAGUCAUGCAAUUUUUAAAGAUGAUGUUACAUUAGCCUACUUAAUCUAAUAGAAUGACUUAAGAAAUGUCAGGAAUUGGGACAGUUUAUAGGAUGUAAAUGCUACUGCUUAUUAGCUACUCUGAUCAGACACCUGAUCUUGUGACCAUGUGGUUGCUGCUAUCUGCCAGCUUUGCCCAUCUGUUACAUGAAACUCCCCUACUUGGGAGUUUGGAAACAUAGUGAGUUCCAGGCCAAAGACCCCAUUUCAGAAACAAAUGCAAAAAUAGCCAAAAGGGACGGAGUAUGGCUCAAGGGUAGAAUCAUUGUCUAGCAUGAGUGAUGCCCUGGCUUCAGUCCCCAGUUCCACAAAACAAAAAUACUGAAUUGCUAUUCACAAACUAGAGAAAGUAAGCUUUAAACUAACAUAGGAAAGUGAAGAGGGCGCUUUCUGACAUAGGUAACUACCACAUUGUACGGUAGAGGUGGCAGGAUGUGGCAGCGGGAAGGAGGAAGGAAUGCACGGCUGUAUGUCUUCUUUCCUACCAGCCUUGCACUGUGGUGGACAUUCUCAAGUCAGCAUCACAUGACUGCUGCCUUCUAGCUUUGCUUUCCAGCUUCACCACACAGCAGAUCCUACUCUCCUCUGGAAGGUUCUGACUGACGCUGGGCUAGGGGUCCUUCUGUACAUCAUCUGGGUUUCUAGAACUGCCUGUCCAUCAAGCCUGAGAUCCUUCUGAUUUAAGAGCUGGAAAGUCAUUAUCUAACAACUUCAUCAUAGCUUUUCAAAGUUUGAUGUAGAUUAUUCUUUAAUUGUGCUUUGAAAAUCAAAUUGAGGAAGUGUAAUUUCUUUAUAUAAUGAACAAUAAAUCUUUUUCAAGGUCUA